AUGAACCCAAAGGAACUUUUUGAAAUAGAAAAUUCUGAUAUCAUUACCAACAAUACAUUGGAUAUUCAGGAAAUAUUUGUAAAUGGUAAUAGAGAUUCAGAAGAAGACAUUCAUGGAGUCUCAGAAGAUGAUGAUGAUUUCACUAGCUUGGAACCACCAACAGAAAGUACGAGUAAUGAAGAAGGACCAAAACUUAAGAAAAGACGCAAACAGAGCAAUCCAGUUAAAUGCCCAACAACUGUUAUAAGAGAUGAAAAUAUGAUAGAUUAUUCAAGUGAAGACACUUUAAAAGUAAAGGAAAAAAGAGAUUUUCCCAUUUCAAUAAAUGAACCACUAGAGGAAAAAAUGGAAUUGAAAUGCUUCCAUUGCAGCACUGCUGCUAGCUCUGCUCAAGAAAACAAUAAUUUAAGUAAAGAUUCAUUAAUACCUUUCUCAAGAAUUCCACCUCUGAUACCUAUUUCUCAUGCUGAAGUCAGUAUGCCAAAUAAGUUACCUAAUAGUGCACUGACUGUGUUUCAAAAUCCAAUUAAUCCAUUUUUCUUUCCAGUUCUACCUCAGACUCAGGGACAAAAUACAACCAUUGAUAUGAGCAAUGGGAAUUUAGGUUCUACAGGUAUCAGAAUUUUCAAUCAAGAAGCUUUUUGUGACAUUUGCCAAAAGGAGUUCUGUAACAAGUAUUUCCUGAAGACACAUAAGGCUAAUAAACAUGGAAUUUAUUCUGCUGAUUUAAUACCCAGCUGUCAUUAUGGAGGUACCCUCUUUGCUCGAAGUUUGGGUAAUGAAUUAUCUCUACCUCCUCAUAUGUUACUGAAACCCUCUACAACUAUAUCAACUUCUUCUCAGGGUAUAAUGAAUAUUGAGGCCUACUGUGAAUUCUGUCAGAAAGAGUUUUGUAAUAAAUAUUUCCUCAAAAAACACAAGUUUAAAGCACAUGGAAUUGGCAAACCAAGUCAAGCAGACUUGACUAAUGGAAGCUACUUUGAUACCAAAUUUAUAUCACCUGUAUCAUCAUCUCCUAGCUCUCCUGCAACUAACAUGGUAGUUGAGAAAACAAGCAAAACUUCAGAAAUAAAGCCUUUGGAGCCAAUAUCAGACAACCUAAUGUCAAUCAACUUUUCAAAGGACAUUCCUGUUAUCCAAGCUGAAAAGAAGAUUACUGCAUCCACAGAGUUCCCUGUUUCACAAGGUGAUUCAGUUGUCGUUACCAAACCAGUAUCACCCGAUUACAAUAAUCAAAUGCUUUCUAUUCACAGUUCUAAAGAACAGUUAGAGUGUAAGAAGGAUAGAGAAAUUUCAAAAGAACUAGAGACCAGCAGUGUUGAUAGUUUUAGUGAGACUGGCAGUAAAAAAUUAUGUAACAACUAUUUUCUUCAUGAAAUUAAUCAGAGGAAAAAUAUAAUUAAUGCUUCGGGUCGGGAAAGUAAAUCUUUGGAACUUGGAAAUACACUUUCAGAGAAUUCUGUUGAAACUUUCAAAAUUGAAAACAAAGAUAACACUGUGGAAAAAUCACUUUUAGAAAGCAAGAUUGUGAAAGAUUAUGAUGAGUCUAUUACUGAAUGGACAAAUGAUGUGUCCAACAUUCCUUCUGUUCUUAAAAUACCUCGUUUUCAUGUUUCUAAUAUUCUAAACUCAUCUCAAGACAUCAUGAAUUCUGAAGCUUAUUGUCAAUUAUGUGAAAAAGAAUUUUGUAACAAGUAUUUUCUUAAAAAACACCAAUUUAAAAUGCAUGGGAUAGGAGAUCCGAGUCAAGCAAACCUGACUACUGGAAGCUACUGUGAUGCAAAAUUUACAUCACCUGAAUCAUCUUCUCCUAGCUCUCCUACAAAUAGCCUGACAGUUGAAAAAAUAAAUAAGACUUUAGAGAUAAAGUCAAUAGAACCUAAAUCAGAUAUGUUAAUAUCUUAUAAUUUCCCACAAGGUGCUAAGUUGGACCAAACUGAACAACAAAUUGCAGUAUCGGCAGACUUACACAGCCCACAAGUUGACUCAGUUGUGACUACCACGCUAGGGUCAUCAGGUUAUCAUAAUAACUUUGUUUCUGUCUCCAGUUCUAAAGGUUAUUCAGAGUGUGAAAAAGAUAAGGUACUGUUCACCACUGAAAAAUUAAAAGAAAUAGGAGUCAUCAAUGUUGAUGCUUUUUGUGAGAUCUGUUGUAAAGAAUUUUGCAACAAAUAUUUUCUUCGUACUCACAGACAAAAGAAGCAUGGGAUUAACUUUUCAGAUGUUGAAAAAAUAUCAAUGCAACUAGAAAAUCCAGCUUCUAAAAGCCCUAGUCUCUAUGAAACAUUUUCAAGUGAGAAAAAAGAUUUUCUUGAAAAAAGAAUAAUUAAUGAAAACAACAUUACAGAAUGUUAUAAUGACAACACUGGACGAGAAACUGAUAUCUCAACGAUAUCUUCUCUCCUUAAGAUACCUCAGUUUCAUGCUUCUAUCAUUAUAAAUUCUGAUCCUGGAGGUGUGAAAGCCCAACACCAAAGCAGUUCAGUUAAUCUUGAUAAGAAGUCAGCACAAAUACAAAAAGAAAAUAUCUCCAAACCAAAAGAAGAAGUUACUAGUUUCAGUUAUGAAAGACUUCAUGCAGUGACUGGAAAUUCAAAUAAUUCGAAAAAUGGCACUAAUGAAGAAUAUUACAAUCAAAAUAAGAACAAUGACAAACUGAAUAAUGAAGACAUCAGAAAUGUUAAUCUUAAAAAAGAAUUAUGUGGAACUAAUAAAAACCAUAAUCCUUCAGUGUCAAAUUCUUCUUUCAAAUUCCUUUCCAAUACUUCUUCAAAUACAGGUGUUAUUUCUCAUUCUGGUAUUCCUGAUAACAGUCUGUUGCCUAUAAAUAUGCAAAAUCUUUCUUUUAUUAUAAAUGAUGAGAGUGAGAAACUACAGUCAAUUAAUAAAUGUGAAAAAUCUGGUGUUCAAGAGUCACUUCACAUACCAGAAAUUAAUAACACAUCUUCUGUAAAUACUAAUGUACCCAAGAAACACACUAGAAGCAAUUACUGUAAUGCUUGUAACAAAGAGCUAUGCAACAAGUACUUUAUGAAGACUCACAUGUUAAAGAUGCAUGGCAUUGAUCUAACUGAGCAGCCCAUAGAGGCAGCCAAAAUAAGUACCAUUGGAGGAGUGACUUGUGAUGUGUGCCAAAAGGAGCUCUGCAGCAAAUAUUUUCUUAAAGUUCACAAACAGAACACCCAUGGUAUCUAUGAAGAUUCAUCAUCCAAGGAGAUGAAAGAAAUACCAUUAAACAAAACUUUCAAAAAAGACAUUCCUUAUAGUAUGGAAACCUGCCCUCUGUGCGACAGAAAGUUUAAGGACACCAAGUGGCUGAAGUUGCAUAUUGUUAAUGAUCACAACAACACUGUUAAGGAAAGUUUACUUUGUUUUCAAAACAGAAUGUCAAAUGGUAUAGAAAAUAUAUGUACCUAUUGUGAAAAGUCCUUUGCUGAUAAGGUUGAUCUUCAAGUCCAUGUCAUUAAAAAUCAUCAUUUCAAAACUGGAAAAUAUUUUAAAGAGUCAAAAACCUGUAGUGACCUUGAAAUAAAUGAUAGCAAUGUAUUCACAAGCAAGAAAGUGUGUAAAAAUGAGAUGCUAUUGGAAAGAAAAAAGGAACAGUCAACAGAAGCAAAAACCUAUCAUUUUAACUUCUCUUCUGGGUGCAGCUCUAAUUAUCAUGUUAAUGAGAAGAAGCAUAUCUUAACUAGAAAUGAAACAUUAGGGAAAUAUGUAUGCAUAAUUUGUCAUUGUUCUUUCCAGAACCACCAAUCCUUGCAACACCACCUUCUUAAUCAUGUAUCACAUGAAUAUUCUGCACACAAGGAUAAAAAAACAGAUUAUUGGAAUUAUCCAGUGUCACUUGCAAACAUGGAAGAUUGUCUUAGUAGCAAUACAAAGAAUUCAAGUUGCAAAAUCCAACAUACUGAACACCAAAAGUCCAAAUCAAAGAAGUAUAGGUGUAGCAAAUGUAACAAGAAAUUUAGUUCGAAAGAACACUGCUUAUGUCACAUUUAUUCAGCUCACAACAGAAAAAAAUAUUAUGUGGGCUUUCCUAAGUUCUUGAAACGGCAUAAAUUUGACAUGUUUCUCUAUAAAGCAAGAGUUAAAAAAGUGUCUAUGGCAUCUAAGAAUAAUAAAUGUAAAAAAAUUAUAGAUGUUCCCAACAGAGACAAACAUAAACCAUCAAUUACAGUGGAAAGUACAUCAUUAAGUCAAGAUUCUGGGAUAAAAAAGACAGAAAGUAACCUUGGAACUAGACCAAUAAAUGGAGAUGAUAAAUUCAUUCCUAAUCAAUCAAAUGUGGAAAAAAAGACAUCUGAUAAAGUUCCUCUUACCUACGCUAUGCCCCAGAAGCUUCAAACUGGAACUUUUAUCAUGCAACCUUUCUUUUUGGCUCAACCACAAGCUGAUGGAGUGGCCAAAGAAGAGAAUUUUGUACCCUCACUUGUUUAUCUUCCAGUUUGUCAGAAAGUUUCUCAUCCAAUGACAAUGGCUUUCUCCUUGACCCCAGCAUAA